AUGUCGCAGUCCCCUUCCCAGCUAUCAGCGAUCACCGCGUCUACCACCUCCCACCAGCCAUCGACGUAUCAUUCAGUACCCGGCGUGAUCUUGUUCAACACGCCCUCGACCACAGGCUCGCCCGCGCACCGCGGUUCAUUCACCGGGGAACGGGACGCUCAGCCAGACCAGCCUGGACACGCCGCCGGCCGGCUGAGGCUAGAUUUAGUUGCACUUUUUGUCCAAGCGUCUUCCCGGCAAAGCACAACUACAAAUAUCAUAUGCAAGCUCGCCGAGGGAGAGACCCCAUAG